AGAGAAAGCUAUAUAUAUAUACAUUUGCAUGGCCCCAACUUUUGUACAAUCCUUUUACAUCUUUGGCCUUAUCUUUGCCAGUCCACCAGCUCCAGCCCAGCCAUGAGGAAAGAAGUUUGCACCGUUGUUUUUCUCCGAGCCGUCUUCACCGAGUUCUUGGCAACCAUGAUUUUUGUGUUCUUUGGUUUGGGCUCAGCCCUGAAGUGGCCAUCAGCCUUGCCAACUGUCCUUCAGAUUUCCCUGGCAUUUGGCUUGGCAAUUGGCACAAUGGUGCAGACCUUUGGUCAUAUCAGCGGUGGCCAUAUCAACCCAGCGGUGACCAUCGCCUUCUUUGUUGGGAACCAGAUCUCUUUCCUCCGGAUGAUGUUUUACAUUGUGGCACAGCUGCUGGGGGCCAUUGCCGGUGCAGGCAUCCUUUACGGAGUGACCCCCCCCAAUACCCGUGGUAAUCUGGCAGCCAAUGGGCUUAGCAACAACACAACAGCAGGUCAGGCGGUGGUCGUGGAGAUUAUCUUGACUUUCCAGCUUGUCUUGUGCAUUUUUGCCUCAACGGACAACCGCCGAAAUGGCAACGUGGGAUCCCCAUCUCUGUCCAUUGGAUUGUCAGUCACCCUGGGCCAUCUG